UAGGAACUGCGAAUCGUCGCAUCGCAGGAAAUUGCCACGCCCGCCCUAGCGCCGGAGGAGGACAUUCGGGGUUGGGUUGAACCUGGCGAUCGUGCCAUCGUUUGCUGCCUGGCGGCGGCCGCGGUUCGAUCGGGUACCAGAAUCCUAGGACCUGAGAAGCGACAAAUCCCUUUCCAGAUCCGGCGGUCUUGAUCCUCUUUCAACAUGGCCAACUACAGCCCGGGGCUGAAUGGCAUCGUCAUCGGCCUCUUGUCGUCCUUCGGGUCGGCGAUCCUGAUCCUUACCAUAUUCCUAGUCUUCUACUUCUUCCGAUACACAGCGUCCGGACGCAUAUUCCUCGACCGCAUUGGUCGACCCGGCGAGUACGAUGACGAGCAAGCCUUUGCGCGCGAGGAGGCCGAGGCCCUCGAGACGAUGGAUGAUAUGGAGAGGAUCGAGUAUCUCCGGGCCAAGGCCUUCAUCGCCGCGAAUCCCCCCGAGUCCGUGCAAACCGACAUCUCAUUAUCACAAUAUCUAGCCAUCCAGGAGAAAGGCGUUUCAGCAUGGGAGUUCGAACCAGAGCUGGAAAUCGCCAACUGCUUUGUGGAGGCCAGGACUGAAAUCGAGUUCUUCGAUUCCGAGUGCACCGUUAUGAGCAACCUACCCGUCCCGAAACAAAACGACGUUUACUACUGGGAGGCAAAGGUCUAUGAAAAGCCCGAUAGCACCUUGUUGAGCGUGGGAAUGGCCACCAAACCUUACCCACUCUUCAGGUUACCAGGAUUCCACAAAUCUUCGGUUGCUUAUAUUUCGAAUGGCACCCGCCGCCACAAUCAACCUUUCUACGGCACCCCCUAUGGCCCCCAAAUCGUCCAAGGUGACGUUAUCGGCGUCGGCUACCGACCGCGGACUGGGACCAUCUUCUUCACACGAAACGGCAAGAAGUUGGAGGACGCCAUGCACGGAUUGAAGUCGCAGAACUUCUUCCCAUCGAUUGGCGCAAACGGACCGUGUAUCGUCCACGUCAACUUCGGUCAGGCCGGUUUCGUUUUCAUCGAGGCCAACGUGAAGAAAUGGGGUCUUGCCCCCAUGACGGGUUCGUUGGCGCCGCCGCCGCCUUACGGUGUCGAGGCAGAUACCGUUCUUCUUGCGACAGGCACGAAGGACGGCUUCACGAAUUCGCCAGCCCGCGGCCACCAGUACAGCCACUCGGCUCAAUUAUACGGCCGGGGCCCCAACACCUCAGAUCGUGGCCAUACCCGCUCCAGAUCGGGCAACUUCCGCAUGCUUUCCCCGACAAGUCCGGGACCUCUCCGCAGUCCCACCGAUAUCUCUCUCGCCCACCUGGUACCAACAGAAGACGACGGCGAACCCAGCGGUAGUGCGACCUCGCUCGGGAACGCCGACCAAGACCAGGGCCACCAGCCAACCGUCGUCGGAUUUGGCGUACACCAUCCGGACAACCGGCCGCCCCCAGAAUACACUAGCCCCGAACAUUCCGAUGCCGAGGAGCCGGACAGCCGGAGACAAAGCAGUGACAACGAGAAUGCGCCCCUAAUCCGUCUGACUAGGAGCCGCGGGGCGUCGUCGGCUACGGCCAGGAGUAGCACCACCAGGUCGACCCCGCCGCAGGCUCGGGGACCGCCGAGCCCUCCGAUCCCUACAUACCAGGACGCGAUCCGACAAGGGGCGGGGAGAGAUAGGAGCGACAGUGCCAGGAGCGCAAGAAGCGCGAGAGGGUCGAGGUGAAAAACGUCACAACUCAACCCGGUGUUGGUGUUUUCUUCGGGAGCAGUCGAAUCGAACGGAAUUAUAUACCCCUGGGACAGGCUCUGCUGUCUGUCCCCAACAGAAGUUGCUGGUUGGGUGGUUUGGUAGUUUGGU